AUGCCUCCAGCUAAAUGCGAUGUCAUCUCAAAGGAGCCCAACACCCCCUUUGCCGAAAAGAGGGCAUGCACAGGCUGCCGCAAGAUCAAGUCGAGGUGCAUCAUCCCUCCGGAAGCCUCCAUCUGCACUCGCUGUGCGCGGCUGAAUCUCGAAUGCACGAUUCCGACCCACCACCGCGGCGUCAAGAUCGAAGGUCUGCAGCAGUCUGCUUCGUCGGCCUCCCAACAACCCACAAGCGGCGCCAGCAACACGAGCAGCAAGAGCCCCGUCUACCAUGUUGAGCCCACGCGGGAGCCGACGCCGCCGCGGACAGAGUCGCCACCGAGCAACAGCAAUAACCCCUUCUCCGUCCAGUCGCUCCUCGACACGACGUCAUCCGAGACGACAGCGUCCAAGGCGCUCCUCUCGUCGACCGUGCAUUCGCAUCUCCAGCAGAUGCCCAGCGUCAAGGUGUCGGCGCACGCCGCCAGUCGACCCCUGAUCGAGAGCGUCAUGGCCGUGGGCCUCUUUGACGAAGCAGAGGUCAAGGAGCUCGUCGAGUUCUACUACGAGAAGCUCAACCCCAUCAUUGCGCUGCUCGAUACCCACAUCUACACGCUGAAAGCGCUCAAGAGCAACCCAGACUACCGGCUGCUGCUUGCCGGCAUCUGCACCGUCGCCGCCAAGUUCGUCAAGGCCGACCGGUAUGUCGAGUGCCUCGACUUUCUCAAGCCGGCCCUGGCGCGCAUCGCGGCCGAGGAUGUGCCGCCUCAGCUCGAGACCAUCCAGACGCUCUCGAUCCUGGCCAUGUGGAAGCAUCCAAAGGACGGCAGCAGCUGGCGCAAGGUGCGCUACGCCAUCACGCAGUCGUUUGAGCUGGGCCUGCACGAGCUCUUUAGCCCACAGACGCGAUCCAAGCAUCCGCCGUCGCGCGCAUUCAUCCAGUCGCAGCGGACCUUUCUGCAGCUCGCCUGCUUCGAGGACGGAUACCGCGAUCAGAGGCAUCUCCCGCCGGCCAUCGACCCUUCGCUUCUGCCUGACCCACGGGAAUGGAUCGACUCGCUGGGCGACAUGGUGCAGGACAUCGACGUGCGGCUGGCGGCGUCGCGGGAGAAUGCGCAGAUCAAGCGCGACCUGAUCAGCGCGCUCAAGUCGUCCAACGCCAAGAGCAGCAAUCCGUCGCAGCCUUCGCGAGCCACCUGCCUCCGCAAUGCCCGGCUGAUCAAGAUGACCAUCACGGCCGAGACGUCCGCGUCGCAGAUCUGGAUGAACCCGCCGGACAGCGAGAUCCACUGUCAGCACUCGGGGCGGCCCUGCCUCCUGUUCCAUACGACCAACACGCUCUUCAACUACCAUCGCGCGCUGUACUCGAUCUACUCGUCGCCCUUCCUCUCCGGGCCCAGCUUCUCCAAGGACCGGCAGGCGGCCUUCCAGCGGUGCUCUGAGCUCAGCGUCGAGCUGUUUGAGCUGUUCAAGGGCCCCUAUGGCCAGGAGAGCUACUACCGCUUCGUGCACGACAUCGUCAUCCUCAACCUGGCCGUGGCGGCCGUCUGGAUCUGCGACAACUGGCGCGCCAUGCCCAAUGCGCUCGCGGUGCAGGCAGCCACGGCGAUCCGCAUGGCCGCCGACGCGACGGCGCCCGCCCUCGACUUCCACCUCGAGCAGGGCUCCUACCUCGCCCGCUUCCUGCGCUUCUGCUGCACCAAGCUGCCGAGCACCCUCUCCAUCCACGAAAACUCGCCCGUCGGCAUGGACGAGCUCAUCAUGUCCGAGGAUGCGCGGUGGGCCAUGGGCCUCUCGGCCGGCCUGCCACCCGGCUGCCUCUAUGGCGGGCCACCGGGCCGCAGCAGCAAGCGACCGCACUCGACGCCGUACCACAACAUGGGCAACGGCGGCGGCGGCGGCGGCGAUGCGGUGUACUACGGCGGCAACGGCGACGCCGGCAGCCCGUUGCAGCACGGCAGCACCAAGCGACGCAGGAUGGACAGCAACCACCACUUCGGCUCGCAACAUGCAGGCUCGGACGGUACCGGCGGAGGCGCUUCCGCCAGUCCCUACCAGCACAGCCUCGACGGGACCACGCACUACCCUCAUCACCACCACCAGCACGCCUACCCGCUGCACAAUGGCAAUGGCAACGGGCACGGGCAUGGGCACGGGCACGGCUUGGCGCCCUCGCCCUCGGCCUCGUUCCGCCCGCCGGGCAGCAGCAAUGGCUACCCGGGAGAGCAUCACUUUGCGCCGCAGCACGGCCACAGCUUCAACGGCAAUGGCAACGGCAACGGCGGCGGUCCCGGCUCCGACUCGUUCAGCCUCUUCAACGACGCCGCCGCCGCCGCCGCGUCGUCGGGGCCCGGCAACGGUGUGGGCGGCGCGGGCGCGGCGUGGAUGACGCACGGCUCGGCCAUCAACUUUGUCUCGGAUUCCCUCAAUCCGCCGUCGUACCCGACCCAGUGGGUGGCCGACGACGACAACUCGAUCAUCACGUUCCUCCAGAGCAUCUCGUCGACGUCGCUCUGA